UUCUGUAAAAACGUAAUAUUUUUCGCAGAUGGUUAGCUAUAACAUAUUUCGAGCCAUUGGGCGCACGAAGAGCUUUUCCCUGUUGGGACGAGCCUGGGUAUAAAGCGACCUUCAAGAUAAGGUUGAGUCAUAAAAAAGGAUUGACUUCGAUAAGUAAUAUGAAAUUUAUGAAUCAAAUAAACUGCCCUUCGAAUUCAGAUUAUGUUGUCGACGAAUUCGAAGAAUCUCCACCGAUGUCUACUUAUUUACUAGUAUACAUGGUGUCAGAUUUCGUAUACACAGAAGCAGAUAGUGAAAAUGACCAAGUGAAGUACCGUAUUAUAUGCAAAAAGGACUUAGCCAAUAAAACAGAAUUUGCCAUUAACUUGGGACCGAAGGCCCUGAAAUACCACGAGGAUUAUUUCGAUGGAAAAUUCCCGCUGCACAAACAAGACAUGGCGAACAUACCCGAUUUUCCUACAGAUUCUAUGGAGAAUUGGGGUCUCGCCACAUUUCGGUAUGUAAAAUGAAAAUUUGUUAACACCAGUAGAAUAUAAUACUAUAAUAU